AUGGCGCAGCCCGGCACCGUGCUCAGCGUCUUCGCCAUGGUCCUGCACACCGCCCUGGGGGAAAGUGGUUGCACCUCAGCAGAUGGUGAUGGGACUCUCGGGGAUGAUGAACCAGACAAUUUUGACAUUGACUGCUUCAGCCAGCUGGAAAUUAAGGAUUCCUUUAGCAGCCUGACCUGCAAUUUCACUGAGCUGCCUCCUUACAACACUAACUACACCCUGUCUCUGUGUACCAAGGAAGACAACAAUUAUGCCUGUUCCAGCAUGAAGAAACAGGAAGAUGUAUUCUUCUUGCAGUUCAUUGAUAUACUCUCAAACAGAGAUGUUUGCAUGUACUCUGAGAUGAAGAGAAGGGUCUGCAGGAGUCUGGUUGUAACUGACAUUGUUAAGCCAGAAGUACCAUUCGCUAUAAACAUCACUUAUGAAAGGGAGGCAAAUGAGUAUCUUAUUCGUUACUGUACACCACACUCCAGGAAGAAAUACUUAAAGGACAAAUUAGUACACCAAGUAGCCUAUCGGCAGAAAGAAGGUACUUGGAAGACAAUAGAGUCACCAUAUCUUCAGAUAAAAUUGCUGGGGAAAAACCUUGAAAAUGAAGCAUCAUAUGAGGUGAAAGUACGUUCUCAGCCCAAUGGAGAUUAUUUUAAGGGCACAUGGAGUGAAUGGAGCAGUUCCAAGAGCUUCAGGACAGCAAGAGAGCAGCACACCAAAGAAAGCUAUAGCAGUGUGGUGAUGGUUAUACUCUCCAUCCUGGGAUUCAUGCUGUCUGUUGCUAUGAUUGCAUUGAUCGUAGUUUUUUGGGAAAACAGGAUCAAGCCUGCUGUAUGGCCAAACCUUCCUGACCAUAAAAAAACGCUGGAGCAGCUAUGUAAGAAGCCAAAAAACAACUUUGAUACAAGCUUUAACCCAGAGAGUUUUGGUUAUGUUCAUAUCCAUAAAGUGGAUGGGCUUUGGGCAAAAACUGAACUGGAAAAUUUUCUGCAGCCAUCAACUGCUCCAGAGACAAGCCUUCCAGAAAAAUUCAGGAGUGGAUCAGACCUGAAGAUGAUCCCUGCAAUGGCAGACAAAACCAACCUAAACCUGCCAGUGUCUUAUGAAGCCCUGCACAGGCUCCUGGGCACCAGCCAGCGUGCAGUCACCGAGGGCAGCUGCAGCUCCAGCACCUAUGAGGUUUGCCAUGGCAACAGGGUGUCCCUGCCCAGCAAUGGUUUCAGCCUUUCCUCCACUUGUCCCCUGGAUCCUUCUGGCCAGCCCCAUCCAGAGCCCCUAAAUGAUGACACCAUAUCCCAGAUGCUGCCUAACAGUGACAUGAGAUCACCAAACAAUGAGGAAGCCUAUGUCACAAUGUCCAACUUCUACAAAAUUCAGUAAAUCUCACAAGAAUUUACAGCAUGCAUUUUUUUUUCUCUAACAUGAGCAGGAUACUGAAGCUUUCUGGCUUUG